CAGGCAGCAGUCACACGGAGCAGAGCACAACGGAGCAGCUAACUAAGUAGCUAGCCAGUAGCCACCCAGUGAUCAACUGAUCAUCAUCUUCAGACGAUCGAGGCAGAGGAACACAGAGCGCCAUGGUGAAGAUUCCGAGCCCGAGGAGGCUGUUCAGGAGCCGGUCGAAGAGCACCGUGGGAAGCGGCGGCAGCGUGGACAUGUGCGCGAUGGUGGCGGAGCACGAGAAGAUCGAGUGGGAGGUGCGGCCGGGCGGGAUGCUGGUGCAGAAGCGGCGGUCCCCGGACGACGACCUCGACGACGUGGAGACCAUCCUCGUGAAGGUCUCCACCGGCGGCGGGUGGCAGCACGACGUGUCCAUCGACGCCACCGCCACCUUCGGCGACCUCAAGGUGAUGCUGUCGCUCGCCACGGGCCUCUGGCCCAGGGAGCAGCGGCUGCUGUACCGGGGCAGGGAGAGGGACGACGGCGACCACCUGCACAUGGCCGGCGUCCAGGACGGGGACAAGGUGCUCCUGCUGGAAGAUCCCGCCGUCACCGAGCGGAAGCUCCGGUCCACCACCCUCGCGCAGCUCAUGGGCGUGCCAUGCCAUUCCUUCAUCCAAGUCUAGCCUGAGGCUUUGUCUGGGCCAAGAGGUUUCAGCUGCGUUCAACUGUAAACUGUUAAUUAGCUGCAUUUUUCAGCUUUCUUUUAGUUUGAGGGCUUGGAUUCGGCCUGUCGAAUCAUCGGAAUGUGAAUCGUUUAGGAUACGACGAUACUCCAAUACUAUACAAGACAUGUUGUAAAUUAAUUAAUACUGUAAGGAGAUAAUGACAGUGGCUAUGUUGUGCAUAAAUGUAGAAGACGCGUGUGUUCAUUCUUAA